AUGGCAUCCCGCGCCAUAUGGUAUGAGCUCGCGGCCAAACAAGCAGCCCGCAACACACUUUUUCUCCGCUGCGACAUAACAACAGGAGCGCCUACAAGUCGCCAAGGUAUCAUCGCCAUCACCGAACCCGCUAUCAAGAUUUCCGUCGCGGCCCCCGCGCGGGAACGCAGAGCAAACCACGCUGUGGUCAAGGUUUUGGCCGAGGCUCUCAACCUGCGAGAGUCCAACGUGCAGAUCAUCCGGGGGAUCAAGUCGCGCGUCAAGACCUUUACGGCCCAAGGAUGGUGGAUUGAUGAGCCUGGCGAGGAUAGAUGCUUACGACGGGUUCUUGAGUACCUAGAGGAGGCUCGGCUUAAUGGUGGGCGGAGGCGUUAG